CAUAAACGCGCACCCCUGAACGCCUCAUGAUGUAUUACGGAACCACGCUCUGAGCAGCAGUCCGACUCUUUACCGAUGACAAGCGGGCAAAGGUGAGGAUGGCAUUGAAGCUGUUCCAGAGACUCCCCCCCGUCCUGCAGUACGGACCCAGCAGGCUCCUGGUGGUGUGUCCGGCCUGCGUGUGCACCUCGUCGGGCCGCUGCAUCCUCACACAGGGCUGCAGGAGGCUCUGGCGGUCUGCGAGGAGCCUGACCACCAUCGCCAGAGAGCCGUCCUUCGUGGCCGGCAGCUUGGCGGAACUACGCAGAGACUCCGUCCCCCGGUUUUGCCUGACCCCGCUCCACGGCCCCGCAGCCGAGGAGGAGCGGGAUUUCCGCCAGCUCUUGAGUUCUUGCUCGUCUUUGGGGAAGGUGUUGAAGCUGGUCCGCUCGGCCGAGACGAUGUCUGACGGCAUGGCGGCGGCCGUCCUCCAUCGCGUGGCCGACCUGGAGCGGGAGGGCCACGCCCUCAGGGACCCUUCGGUGCUGGAGGACGAUGCCAUCAGGGCGCUGUGCUUCCAGCUGGAGUGGGACUCGCGCAGGUUGAGCGAUUCGGGCCUGUUGGCGGCCCUGCUGGCCGGCACGCGUCUCUUCUUGGACCCAAGCAGCACCCUGAUGGUGCGGCUGGUGACGGAGAGCCAGGAGAGGCUGAACCGAGGCGGAAUGAGCGUGGGCCAGCUGUGCACCCUGGGCCAGGCGGUGCACGCUAUGAAGGGUCCAGUUGGUAGUGUGAUGCUGGAGGAGGUGAUGGAGCACAUCCGGAAGCAGGAACCCUCCAAGUGGAGCCUUGCUGAACUUGUGGCUGUGUAUGGACUUUUGGGAGGAGGCGUGGCUAGAAACAGGCGCUACCAAGACCUCCUGAAUGCCAUGCACGCGCACGCCGUGACGGCCGCCUCCUCCAUGGAUAAGGUGGCUGUCAGCGGGGUGCUGGGUUCCCUGAUGGCCUUGAACCAAACCAAGGUGAUGCCUCUGGUCAUCGCCCUGUGCAAGCAGGCCGUCCGCCACGUGCCUCACUUCUCCGACGAGGAGAUGGCGGCGGUCCUCGCCGCGCUCAUGCACUACGGCCACAGCGACCGCUACUUCGUGGAAGCCAUGGAGAGACGCGCGCCCGACUUGGCCUUCACGGCCCACCCGGAGACGGUCACCAAGGUGAUGCAGUUCUUCGGCCGGAGGAACAUUUUGUCCCCGCAGGUGCUGGACGCCGUGGCCGAGAGUUUUGUGUACCGGGCGGACGCCUACAGCACCGACCAGGUGGCCUUGCAGAUCGUGCCUUUCGGCAAGCUGGGCUACCUGCCACCCAACGCCGUCGAGCUCUUCCGGAAGGUGGAGGCCGUCCUGCACACACGUUUCUCCCAGUUCCAGCCUCACAUGCUGAUCAGACUGCUGCACUCCUGCAUCCUGGUGGAGAGGUUCCCCAUCAACUUCGUGGCCAAGAUCUUCUCCGAGUUCUUCCUGCAGCAGCUGCAAGAGGAAGGCAGCGGCAGAGAUCACAAAGUCCUGGCGCAGCUGACUCAGCUCGACAUGACCGUCAAGUUGGAGUGUCUCUUCUAUAAGGGUCCCCAUCUUUGUCCCAAAUACAGUGUCAAGUCCUACCUGGUGGCGGGCUCCACGGUGGAGACGCCGGUGAACAUGCACUUGUACAACUCUGUGAAAAGUGGUCUGGUGGACCUGCUGGGGGAUCGCUCCUACUUUGGCUCCGAAGUGCUGACGCCGUACCGCUACACGCUGGACGUGGAGCUGAAGCUGGAUGAUGAAGGCUACGUGCUGCCUGCCAGUCACAACAACAUGGCCAAGAGGAUCGCCGUGUGCAUCGAUGGACAGAGCAGGUUCACCAAGAACACCAGACAGCUUCUCGGGAAGGAGACCAUCAAGCAGCGUCACCUGAGGCUGCUGGGAUAUGAAGUUGUCCAGAUCCCCUUCUAUGAGUUUGAGCACCUGAACAGCAACACCGCCCGUGUGGAUUACCUCCACCAGAAGAUCUUCCCCCACAGCUACAGACUGAGCUGGUGAUGUCACAUCUUUUUUUUUUUUAACCAGGAACUGCAAAUACAUGCUGGAGGUUAUUUGCAAUAAACUCCACUGUGACACACGGGGAUUGUUUGGAAAAAUACAAUUUAUUGACUUCUGCAGAUGAUUAGAGUCACCUCCCAUUUUGCACAGGAAUAUAAAGAUCAGGGGUGUCCACAUGCUUUCCAAUGCAAGUUUACAUUUUGUACAUUGAAGAUGCUGAAACAAUAUAUGCUAGGCUAGCAGAGCAAAACAUCCACGGUAGCUUUGUGUUAUCUAAUAAAGUAAUGAGUUAACUCAUGAGAUUAAUCACAACUAGGGUUGCAAAGGGGUGGAAAGUUUCUGGGAAAUUUCCGGAAAUUUACCACGGGAAGUCAAGCUCGGGAAGUUUGGAAAUAUUGACCAUUUUUUGAUUAUUCAAAGUUGGACACCGUCCAUGGGAAUAUAUGGGAAUUACAAUAAUGAUAUAUUAUUGGGCACUUGUCUAUAUGCUGCUGCAUCUUUGUGGCAUUUUUGACGUACCGUAUUUUUCGGACUAUAAGUCGCAGUUUUUUUCAUAGUUUGGCCGGGGGUGCGACUUAUACUCAGGAGCGACUUAUGUGUGAAAUUAUUAACACAUUACCGUAAAAUAUCAAAUAAUAUUAUUUAGCUCAUUCACGUAAGAGACUAGACGUAUAAGAUUUCAUGGGAUUUAGCGAUUAGGAGUGACAGAUUGUUUGGUAAACGUAUAGCAUGUUCUAUAUGUUAUAGUUAUUUGAAUGACUCUUACCAUAAUAUGUUAUGUUAACAUACCAGGCACGUUGUCAGUUGGUUAUUUAUGCGUCAUAACGUACAGUUAUUCAGCCUGUUGUUCACUAUUCUUUAUUUAUUUUAAAUUGCCUUUCAAAAGUAUAUUCUUGGUGUUGGGUUUUAUCAAAUACAUUUCCCCAAAAAAUACGACUUACCGGUAUAUGUUUUUGUCCUUCUUUAUUAUGCAUUUUCGGCUGGUGCGACUUAUACUACGAAGCGACUUAUACUCCGAAAAACACGGUAGCUCUUUGCACAGUAUUUGCAAAUAUACACAGCCUUUCCACCUACAUUGGUUGGAGUGACAUGUCUCCACACAUCAGAUGGUGUACGCGGCAUUAUUCUGUUUGUAUUUAUUUAUUCUUGUAAAACACUAAUGCAAUGCCACACACAUAUAUAAAUGGUCAGCUAAACAAUUGGAGUAGUCUUUAAAAAUAUGUCACUGAUGGACAAAUGAAAAUACAUAGGCUAGAUGAAUAAAUGAACAGUCAAUCAGCAUGCUAAAUCAAACUAUAACCUACAUUC